AUGGGUAUAACAAAGUUACGCCUGCGAAAUUUUGAUGGUGAAAGGAGUGAUUUCGAUAUCCCCAAUGUUUCAUAUUUGGAACAAGGGGAUGCUUUUCUAUUUUUAAUCCAAUUCAAAAAAGGGAUGGUUGCAAUCCCGGCUAUUUCCCAUGCCCAAGUAGUCUACUUUGUUGUUCAACAGAAUGCGGCUCAGCUUGCGGUAUUGCCUACUGUUGUCCGCCAGGCCAUCAUUGUUGUUGGGCAGGCGCUUAUUGUUGUCCGAUAG